AUGUCCUCUCCCGUCGAUGCGUUUCAGAACCUCUCCCGAAUCUUCGCGACCAGAUGCAAUCGCAUUCUUGAAAUCGAGAUCCUUCCUCCAGCUUUUGGACCGUUUCUGGAAGAUGGCUGUUCAGUAGGGAUUACCAAAAAGUAUCUUGUGCAGGCCUUUGUGACUGCUCGAUCUAUCUUCUUCGAGAACUCCAUCGGCGUAUGCGACUCUUCUGCGACAUCCCUGGACAACAAUGAGGGUCCGACUUGGAUGAGCCAGGGCAAGAGAUUCGACGACUUUAACACCUCGUCGGAGAUUAUGCUACUUUUUGACUGUGAACAUCUCACAGCAUGCAACUGGCGAAAGAAACGACUAGCCGGUUAUAUCCGUCGGUAUGAGCUUGAGCAGGAGAACGAUGCUCUGGAACAGCUACUUCAGGCACUGGAGGGGGAGAUCUCUCUCAUGACAUCUUUCCUCUGUUCCCCGCUACAUAGACAUACCAAAUCGCCAACGCUAUGGCAGCAUCGAUUUUGGGUGUUAAACGCGAUGCUUCAUGUGCGCGGGAUGGGUCUGAAAGGAGGCAAUUCGCAAAUCCUGGGCUUUGCGGGUCCGGGUCUAUCUUUGGAGAAUGGAACUUCAGGACGGGAAACUAUUUAUAAUCUACUGAAAAGCGAGCUGCGUACCGUUCUCCGUGCUGGGGAGUUACACCCUAAGAAUUACUAUGCUUUUAGCUAUAUGAGACAGCUUCUCGGCAUCCUGUCUGACGCUAUGGAAGAGGAACAGACCUCUUCCAAUUUGUUGGCUCAAUCAAUCAUCGAGGAGGCACUGAACUGGUGUCAGGCGCACCCGACGGACGUAUCUGGCUGGAUGUUUAGUCUUUACUUAUUGGAAGUCGUGCAAGACCGGAACAUCCAGAAAAAUGUUCUCAAUCGAGUAUUGCGCUUUGCGCUAGAUAUUGGCUGGGAGGGUGAGAGCUUCUGGACAUUCGUGGAUUUGGUCGUGGAGUCUUUUGAUCUAGUUGGACUGGCCAUGGACGUUUUAGUAUCGUCUCCAGACGUCGCUUCGACAAGUACAUUAGGGCUGGUAGAUGACAUAACAGAGCCAAGGAAAUCAUGGAAGACUUGGUUAUCUAUGGCAAAGAGUCAUUGGGCUAGUCGGAAAUGA